UCGUCUUUUUUUUUGUUUAUUCCUACACUGUCAGCUGAUGGAAACCACUAUACCACGCGCGCUCGGUUUACGCAGGCGCAGUCCUCCGGAGUCCCGGCACUUUGUUAAAGCGCUGCUUCGUUUAGCUCGUCAAACUGGUUGCACUGCGUAUAGUAGUCGUCUUUUCGUUUCAAAACCUCUCUCGAAAUACUUCAAAAAUGCCACGGUAUCACGAGACUUGUUGUUCGGUAGUUUUUGUCCUCUGCUUACUUGGUUUUGCUGUCAGUCAGACUACAGAUGGUCCAUCAAUUUCAAACAGCACAGAGAGCAGCAACAAUUCUACAGUAACCAGUGCUGUUCUUUCCAGCACUGCAUCUCCUGAAUGCUUAAUGGUAAACAUAUCGACCUGUUUGGCCUGCUCACCGGGAACCCAUUAUAGUAAUGAAACAGUGAAUUGCUCUUGCUGUCCAGAUGCUGGUAUGUGUUCAUCUCUUGCAUACUGUGUAUUGUGCUCCAUGGGAUACUUUCAGGCUUUGACUGGACAGUUGCAGUGUCUUCCCUGUAUGCAAGGCUUCUAUAGCAAUUCAACUGGAGCCCUUUUUUGUCAUUCUUGUCAACCUGGCUCUUUUUCAAACAAGACAGCUUCUCAGAUUUGUUCUGAAUGUGGUCCAGGUUACUACACAUCUAUAGAAAAUUCCACAACAUGUGAGGCUUGCCAACUGGGGACAUAUUGCAAUACUUCAAGAUGCACAGAAUGUUUAAAAUGCCCUACCGGAAGGGAAGCUCUCCAGAUAGCUUCAAGGGACUGCACGCUUUGUCGACCAGGUAUGUACAAAACUGUCCAUGACACCAUGUGCCAUAUUUGUGAAAGUGGCUCUUAUCAAACCAAGUGGGGACAGGAGAAUUGUGACAUUUGUCCUUCCAACUACUAUUGUCCGAGCCCAGACGUAAGUCCUAUCCUGUGUCCUGUUGAUGCAUUUUGUCCAGAGGGAAGCGUAGCUCCUGGUUACUGUAUGGAGACUUUCUUCAGAAAGGUUGGAGAUACGUGUCAGUUAACUCCUCUCACCAUUGCAUUGCUAGUCAUUGCAAUUGCAUUUAUAAUUGUCGUCAUCCUUCUAGUAAUCCUUAGGAAGAGGAAGGAUCAGGACAGAGAGCUGACUUUGUCGAGGACUCCUCUUUUGGCCAAAGAGAGAACCCCAAAGAGGAGUUAUGGGGUAGCCUGGGAUGCUGAACCAGUUUAUGCUGGUUGGUAGCAAAAAAACAAUACUGAAGACCCAAUGAAGUGCAAAAGACUGCAUAUACUCCACUUCUGGAAAGAACUGACAUUUAUUCAGCUGCUUCAGUUUCUGAGAAACUUCAAAGGCAGACCAGGUCUUCAGUGAGCUGUGUCAAGCUGCUCGAUGACGUAAGCUUGGAUUUUGCACCGCCGUGUGCUUUGGACAGCUCUUAUUCUGGAUUCAGUAUGUGUGUGUCUUUAAAUGGGAACAUGGUCCUAUCUUCAGGUGUUCUCUUUAAGCGCAGGUCCUCUCUCUCUUGUAAGGCAUGUUGAUAAUUCACUCUGUUCUUUUAUUGCAGUGAUGAUGGGCUGCAGAGGUGGGUGUGAUUACAGCAAUAAAUCAGAAGCAGCAGACAUGCGCCACUUUUUCGUUUUAAACUACUCGAUGGCGUAUCUGUUGCGGUUGCAGCACUGCCUGCUGGAGAUGAGUGUUUGCUCAGUGUCAGCCCCUGUAAGGUAUUCGUUUUGUUGGCCAGUUGGGGCCGCACUUUCUGUAUGUUCUCCUGCCAGUUGGAUGUCAUUCCAGCAUUGCUCUUGUGAAUAACAUCCAUGAUGGCAGGUAUUGUUAAACUGGCUCCUGGCGUGAGAAUCGUUUAGAUUAAAAUCAGUUGAACCUGAUUGGACUGCGGCAUAGCCACUGUGACAGGACUGGGCCAAACUUUAAUAGUUUGUGUAAUCGUUGUUUUACCAUUAGGCAAAUGUUUACUUACCGUGACAAGCGAAUAUGAUGACUUCUCUGAAGAGAGAAAUACCGGACCUUCGUCAAAAAACAUCUCACAGCCCACUCAAGCAGCAGACUCGUCCAACAACGUUUAAAUACAUAGUUUUAAAAAAAAAACCAAAAAAAAACCAUGGUGGUUUAAUUUUCAAGUUGUUGUUCUGAAUGAACACCCGCCAUUUAUUUAAGUGUCCAGCACUUUUUUUUCUUUUUUCCUAAAGAGGAGUUUAAGACGGGCAUUUUAGAGAUUCUCUUUGGAACAAGUGAGAAUAAACUUUGAAACUGGACACUUGCGGACCUUUAAGCCCCUCUUCACUCGAUUAUCUCUCAGGCACACAGUCGGGGGUCCAGCCCUGGUCAGGUGACGAGGCGGCCAGUCGUUUUUUAAUGCUCUGUCACAAUACAUGUUUAGUUGCUUAUUUCUGUUUUUGAAAUCUUUUUGAAGUGCCAGCAUUCAUGUUAAUUACUGAGUAUCUAUUAAGACAAACUGUUUUUGCCAAUAUGAUUAAAAACAAAACACGCCUGAGGUCUGGCCAAGACUUCUCUGUUGUCUUCAGAGUAGGCAACUUGUACCUGAUGGGCACAUCAGCCAUAAUGGAAGUUUGGUGUAAUGAUUCAAGUGUAUAAAGCUUUUAUUAUUUUUCAGAUAC